AUGACCUCGUAUCCCCAAGCAUUGGGCGUUGCACUAAUGACUCCGACGGCCCGAUAUACUAAAGCAGGCUACGACAAUGAGCGCAACCAAGUCUUCAUUAACCUAGACUCGAGCAACCUAAAGGCCCCCAUGAAGCCACUCAUCAGCAAAGCCAUCUCCACAAGCAAACGCCAAGAUCUAACCUUCCCAACCAUCCGCUCGGACCCGACUUUUCCUCUGUCGCUAAGCACACUGGACUUGUCAGCGGGGGAAUUCCGCUCUCAUUUCAUCACGCUAUGGGGCAACUUCCAUUCGGUAUACGCAUGCACUCCGGAUGUCUGGUCCUCGGGGAUCUCCUCGGCGGGGCUGCAGAACCGAGCGUUAGAUCUGGCGCUCAUCGCGCUAGCGACGAUGCGACUAUCACUGUCUCCCGAGCACAGGGACAACAAUUAUCAAGUGUUCAGCCUGAGUGCGUAUAACACUAGUAUCCAGAUAUUCAGACGAUUGUUGCAAGACAAACCUUCGAUGGCAAAGUCAAAGACCGUCCUGGUUGUUAUCUCCCUUGUGUUUACGCUGUUCGAAGCCGUGCAGCAACGGCCAACACAGAUCUAUGACUCCGGCUGGGCUGGUCACUUGAAAGGCGCGUUGGCGUUGAUGGAGAGGCAGGGCCCGGGGUCGUUUCAAAAUGGGGCAUUACAUGAGGCGUUUAGGAAGCUGAGGGAGAUGGCGGUAUUCACCCUUCUCCGUCUUUCCCCUGAGCUGCUCCAAAGUUCGUUCCUCUCACAGGAGGAAUGGAUGACAGUUCCCUGGAAAGAGAUCAAAAAGGCCCAUCGAGAUAAAUUAUACGACAUCGCAGCGAAACUCGCAUCCAUCUACAGUCGGCUUCCCUCAACGACUGCAUGCCAGCUUCCCCACGUGGAAGAGGGUUUCAAUCUAACAUGGCGCUGCCAACAACUCUACGAAGAUCUCAUGAACUGGCGAACUGAAUGGCUGAGAUCUGAACAUCCUGAAUUUCUCAUUUCCUCGCCCAGUCACAGAUCCAAAGCUACUUCACACUGCUCCGUCGGAGACAGGAACUCCACUUAUACCCCCGACCCAAGGACAUUCCCAACGAACGAGUUCUCGUUUCUCGUUGCCGAAUCGACAGCUUUGGUUCUGCUUUUAAAUAAUAUGGUCACCCGUCUCGCUAUCUCUACAUCUGAUCCUUCAAUGAGUGACACAAAUAAUCCAUCUCCAGAAUCACUAACCACCUCAAUCUCCACCUCCCUAUCUCCUCCCAUAUCCACCUUAACCUCAACAGCCCACUACACCCUAAGACUUCGCCCCUUCUCUCCGGAAACCUACGAGCUACAAACAUACCUCCGCUCAGCCCUUGAAUUGCCAUGCUUCGGCUACUCGUCGUCUACAUUCGAUGAAGCAGGGAUUACGGAAGGGCGAUGUCGCUCGUUAUUGCCGAAUUGGGUUCUUUCAAAUGUGUAUUCGGACGGAGUAGAAACUUGGGCGGAAGAGGAUGGGGAUUUGGGAACGGAUCCGGGGGCUGACUGGAGUGAUGCAAGUUGGUGGGGAGGAUUGAGCGAUCGGCUGAAUUUCGGGGUUUUUUGA